AUGAUGUACUACAUUAAUUUGAUCGCCGAGUCCGAGAAGCGGGAAAAGGAACUGCAGCGCUCCGAGGAGGACCGUCGAAGGCUACGUGUUGGCAACCCUCCAGGAAUCGAUGACCGGUUGGCUGGUCUGCAGAAGGCUCGACAUGAGCACACUAAGAAGAAGAAAAAGAAGAGGACUUCGUCCCCCUCGGAGGUUAAAUCCAAGAAGGCUAAGCGGAAACGUCCUCGGGAGCAGCCCGAGGCGUCUCCAGCUCCCUCGAGUUCAUCGGGCCUUGUCGGCUUGGCGGCCGAUGUGGUUGAUGAUGAGGAGCUGCUUAUAGAGCGAAGGUCCACUCGGAAUAAAUUCGCCAUUGAUGACUCCCCCAGCUUAGAGGAAGAACUCCAUCCUAAGAUUGUCACAAUAUCAUCUGGGAAGCUCCGUGAUGACCGCCGACCAUCAAAGCAGAGGAAAGAGAAAAAGGUGAAGUCAAGUGCAUCGCGUGGACGCCCUCGAGAACCUUCUGGUGAUAGCAGCGCCGACGGCGACCCCGGUGGGAGGAGGCGUAGACGGCUCCGUAUUCAAUCAGCGUCGAAUAGUGAUGCUGAGGACGAUGAGGGUACCCGAAAAAGAAGGCGCGAUUCGGUACAGUUGCGAUGGAGGAUGAGGAUAUACCAGACUGGGCCCUUGAAGGAGCAAUUCGUCGUAGCUCACGGAUACGAGAAGCUCGAGAAAGCUCUGUAA